UAACAAUGAAGUGAAUGCGUAUUUUUUCGAAUAAGAGGAUAACUUAAAUUUUGUGGAAAAAUUAAGUGCCAGAAAUAUGAAUCUGAUGCGCAAAUUACGCGGUGCUGCGGGCUCUACGUCUUCGGAGCCCGCGGAGUCUGCCAGCGCGUCGUCACAUCUUCAGCUGGGCCUCAUGCACCUCAAGAAGCUGUUUGCGGAGUACACUCACCCAGCGCAGCCUCUAACAGAUGCUGAAAAAGAUGAUAAACUGUACAAUAUGCUACCUCUAUUUUGCAAGGUAUUUGGUACCAGUCCCUCAAGUGAGAUGAAUGAAAAGUUUUGGGACAUUUUAUCAUUUUGCCAGCAAGUGUCCAAACUUAUGGUAUCAGAGAUUAGGAAAAGAGCUAGCAACCAAAGCACAGAGGCAGCGAGUUGUGCCAUAGCAAAGUUCCUUGAAAUUGAGAAUUCCGAGGAAUCCAGCAAUGGCUGGAUGUUGCUAUCCACUUUAAAUCUUCUAGCAGCGGGAGACCAAUCAUUGAUACAGGUCAUGACUACAGCUGCUAUUCCUUCAACAUUAGUCAAAUGUUUAUACCUAUUUUUUGAUCUUCCUGAAAUACCUGAAUCAGAGGCUGAUGUUCAAGAUGGUGUUAGUGAUUUUACUCCAAGAGAAAGACGAAUAUUGUUGCAGAAGAUAUUUGUUCAGGUCCUUGUGCGACUAUGCAGUCAUCCAUUUCCAUGUGAAGAGUUGGCAAGGAAAGAUGAUCUGAGCCUACUGUUCUCUGCCAUAACAUCAUGGUGUGCCCCUCACAAUAAUAUGUGGCGAAAGUCUGCGGCAGAAGUACUGAUGACAUUAUCUAGGCAUGGAUUAACACAAUCUGUUGUGCAGUACAUACAUAAUAAAGGUUGUGUAGCACUAUGUAUAGAAAACAUGCAGAAAAUACCAGAGCUAACUCCAUUGGAGGUAGUUGAAAUGUUCGUUGCAGUAUUUUGCUUUCUUAAGGAUUCAAGUGAUGUUAGUCAAUUAUUAUUGGACGACUUUCGUUCAUGUCAAGGAUAUUUAUUUCUGUCGGAAUUUCUUCUUAAGUUAGAAGAGGAGCGCGUGAGCGGAUCAGAGGCGCGCGCGGCGCUGCGCAACCUCGUGCUGAUGAUAUCGUCGCUGUGCGCGUGCGGCUUCUCGGAGCUGCGGCCCACGCGCGCCAACACCGAGCUGUUCCAGCUGCAGGGGUUCGUGCUGCCACAGCCCACCACGCCAGGCCAGGCCGUCAGGAACGUGCAGGCCUUCCAGGUCCUGCAAUCGGUGUUCAUAAAGUCAAACUCCGCUGCAUUAUGCUGCACUAUACUAGAUGCCAUAUCGAGCGUAUACCACGCGGACAAUGCAAACUAUUUCAUAUUAGAGAACCAAAACACUUUAAGUCAAUUUUCCGAAAGGAUUCACCUGAAGAACGCUGAGAUUCAAGAAAAGUUCUUUGAGCUUUUGGAGUUUAUCGUUUUCCAGUUAAAUUUUGUUCCCUGCAAGGAACUGAUAUCACUUUCUUUACUAUUAAAAGCGAAUAAAUCGAGAAGCUGUAGCAUAUUGUGCAUGAAAACACUACUUAACAUCUUAAAGCAUAAUAUGAUUUUUAAAGAUGUAUACAGGGAAGUAGGCAUGUUAGAAGUGUUUGUUACAUGCCUCUCUCGCUACGCCGUAUUUUUGAAAGACAAACAGAUCGCUGAAGAGGAGAAAUUAAAGAAAGAAUCUGAUCCUGCUUCUAGUGAGCCGAUUGCUCCAGAAAGGAGGAAACGGUUGUCUAUAAGACAGGAUUCAUUGAUAAAAGACCCUAACAUUGAUAUAGAAGAGGAAGAAUUGGGUACUUUACUUAUGGAAGGAUUGACUGCGUUAUUGAAUGGGAACACGAACAAUUGUAACGUAUUUAGGGACUGCGGCGGUGCGAAGUGCGUCCACGGUAUGGUGGUUCAUGAAUCUUGUAGGAGUAAGGCUUUGGGUGUCGUAAGAGAACUGAUAGUGAGUGGUUCAGGCGAAGAAGACAUGUCAGCAUUGCUCUGCGGCAUGCAUGCGGCGCCCAACGACGCGCUACGACUCAAGCUGCAUAUCCUGAAGGCCUUGCUGGCGUGUCUCAGGGAUUCACACAGGACUAGGACGAUAUUUAGAAAGGUGAGCGGCUUUGUGUACGUGACGAGCGUAUUGGCGUCGCUCGAAGGCAAACUGCGCGGGGAUACUCUCAUGGACCGGGAUAUGCUGCAGUUGAUACAUAUCGUUUUCUACACUGUGAGCACGGCUAUGCGCUUCGAGCCGGCGAACGCUAAGUUUUUUCAUCACGAAGUUUGUAUGACAACACUUACCGAUACUAUUCGACUGCUGGGUUGUUUUACCAAAGACACCGAACUUAUGAACGACGUUGAAGCCGGCGACACGCAAUUGUACGAAGUGUUCCACGAGUUAUUUACUGGGAACAUAUUGGAUAUGACUUUCCCUGAAAAUGUCCCCGUGGUAUUUAUUCACGCGUGCAUAGUAUUGCGACUCCUGUACGACGUCGCCCUAGACUCGUUCGACAAACCCACCUUUUGCGGCUCGCUCAACGUUAAAUCGCCCAGUUUAACGAGACAAAGUUCUGCCAUUAAUGAGUCGAAGCCGGCAGGGCGCACGGCGCCUCUCAACCUGUCGGCGAGCUCGUCGGGCGAGGCGUGGGUGGUGCACUCGGGCGUGGUGAUCGUGCUGGCGCGCCUGCUGCCCGCGCUGCCGCGCCCCGCGCCGCACGAGCCGCACGCGCGCGCGCUCAGGGACUACCUCGCGCACGUGCUGAAGAGCCUAGUGCGCAGCGAGCGCAAUCAACAAGUGAUGUGCGGCGCAGGGCUAGCAGGCGCGGUGUUACGCGUGAUGGGCGCCGCGCUGCGCGCAGAGAAGCACCCGCUGCACGCGCCCGCCAUGUACAUGCUGGAGCGUCUCGCUGCGCACGCGUUGAGGCCGGCUGAACUCAGAGAGUUUUUGCGCAUGGGCAACCCUCUGAAUUGCGUGGCACCCGAGCCUGGACAGGUGUGCAAGCCCGGCGGACCAGUACCCCUCACUCGCAUCAAAACACUGGUCUCCAUGACCACUCCGAGAGAUUACAGAUCACAGAACUCGUGUACGCUGCCUCCGUUCGUGGAAUUCGACAUGUCAGCGGAAGGCUUCGGUUGUCUGUACCUGCCGAGUAUAGCACCUCAGUCGGCCAACCUCAACGCGCUCGGCACGCAAGACACCGCUACCCUUGGCGGCAUUGGCUCCGGCGAUCGAGUAUUUCCGCCGCAGACCGGACUCACCUACUCCACGUGGAUAUGCGUGGAGAAGUACUCGGACCCGCGGUCCGACCCCCACUGCGUCCGUCUGCUCACUCUCGUGAGGAACAUCAACAACAGUAGAGAGGACCAUCUCGUCUGCUUGGCGGUGGUGCUGUCGGCGAGGGACAAGGCUAUUAUCAUAUCGACACAGGAGACUAUGGUCCCGCAUAACGUGGGCGAAUGGGAGCCUGAAGGAUCAGGCGAGUGCGGUGCGCGCGUUUGGUGUCCGGACCUGCAACAUGAAGGCCAGUGGCACCACCUGGUGCUGGUGCUCAACCGGGCCGUGCUGAAGAACUCCUCCUUCUCGCUGUACCUGGACGGUCAACACAUGCACUCGGGCAAGCUGCACUACGUGAGCGCGAACCCCGGCGGCGGUGCGGCAACGCUCUCGGGCGCGUCCAGCGUGUACUGCGUGCUGGGCACGCCGCCGCCGUGGCGCCGCUACUCGCGCCUCGUGUGGCGCCAGGGGCCCGCGCUGCUGCUCGAGGACGUGUUACCUGCUCAAACUGUAUCAGUGAUAUACCAGCUCGGUCCACAUUACGUUGGCACGCUUCAAGCGCCUUUGCCUCCCGGCCACAACCAAGAGCCAUUAGCACCACUAGUGGCCGAAGAAAAGGUUGUAUUCGGCAUCAACGCCCGAGCCAUGUCGCAACUAACGCUUGCCAAAAUACGCAAAGUCUACAGCAAGAACGACAAUAAAGCUAUAGCGAAGCAACUGGGCAUGUCCUCUCAUGAAAAUGCGACGCCUAUAAGGAUAUUACACAAUUCUGCUGGACACCUCAUGGGACCAGCGCGGUGCUUGGGCGGAACCGUCGUGGGAUAUUUGGGAGUGAGAGUUUUCUGCCCUAAACCAGCCGCCAUAAUGAUUGAUACCGUUGGUGGAUGCUCGGUUUUACUAGGCUUAAUCGCAAUGGCACAAGACGUUGAGUGCCUGUACGCUGGUGUCAAAGCUUUAGUAUGCGUGGUGCGUUCUAACAAAGCCGCUCAAGCAGAAAUGGACCGACGGAAAGGAUACCAAACUCUAGCCAUGCUGUUGAAAAGGAAAAAGCAACUCCUUAACUCUCACAUUCUGCACCUAAUCUUUGGCCUCGUUGGCACCGUGGAUAGCCAAAAGGAAACAUCGUCAAUACCUAAUUUGACUGCUUUUCAGGAUCUGAUAUGCGAGCUGGAUGUCUGGCUCGGGGCCCCGGGAGGCCUCAUCAAGUCCCUACUAGAACAUUUACUCGAACUCGCCACCGAAACGGCGCACAAAACGCACAACUUACGCGCAAUGCGAGAGCUACAGCUGGUCUCGAAGCUUCUCUACAUCAUAAACGACGUGAAAGUCGUCAGCACAAAAAAUGUUCUCAUACAAUUGUUAGCUGCGCUACUAGGGGGCCAGCCGCGGCCGAGCGAUCUUCUCUGCUUAGGCCAGUUUAUGGCGUACACACUGCCGCUGCCUUCUCAAACGGAGAAGAGUCUCAAUCUGAAGGAAAGCGAUUGCGAGAAAGAAUGUGAAGGCGAACAGGUUAUCUUGCGUAACAAAUGCUUUAACGUUUUACACGGGUUGUUGUUUACGCAACGGAAUCUAGUCAACACGAUCGUAUGUGAAGAGAUUUCACGAGUGCUUGGGAUGGAUUGGUUGCUGACUUUUAUGCAGGAAAAUGUUCAUCCUACAACUGUUUUGUGGGCACUUAGGAUACUCGUCAUUCUUUGCUCUGGACAGGGACAGCAGUCUGCUAUAUUGCAAAGAUUCCGCGAAGGCGCCGGUAAUGGUGGCUGGCUCCGUCAUACCGAAGUAGUGGUAACGCCGCAACAAGCCGGAGUAGUCCUCUCUACGGCCAUUCAUUCACAUUCCCAUUUACACAUGCCAUUACUCCUCACCUCCGGAUUCGUCAUGCUGUCCUGGCUGCUUUUAUCCCACCUACACAUACCAGAGCUAUACUACUUAUUAUUCGGUUUAACGCUCGGCCAGCCUAUGCGGAGCAUUUGCUCAGACAAGACGGUAUCAGUGGAACGCGUGUGGGCCGCGGCGUGGGGCGCCGCCGCGCCUUCAAGGCAGUCGUCCGCGGCCGUCGCGGCGAGGAUCACCCUGUGCCCGGAGGCCGUGGUCAUCCUGCUUGGAGCGGUCAGGUCGUUGAUCCACGCCGAUCCGGCUACGCUGCCGGAGUGGCUGGCCGAUCAUCCUGUAGCGAUUAUUCAAGUGCUGUUUUCAUUGUACAACACACUCCCAGACUUCGUGACAAUAAUGAUGACCGCAGAAGUAUUAACAGCAUUGGCAUCAACACUCUUCCCACCUUAUACAGCGGAUGAUAUUCAUAUGCCGAUCUGCGAAAGCGGCGAGGACUCUGGAGCCUCGACGCCUGGUUCAGAAAAAGAGGUGGUGAUAGUGGCCGGAUCAGCCGCUCUCACGCAGCACCCGGCCCGGCAGGGCAUCAUGGACUUCCUUAAAGUCAUCGUGUUGGAUUCCCUGCCUCUGAGCGUUACUGGCAAGACUGCCCCGGUAAUCGAUUUAGUACUCGAUGCUUCUCCGGCCAACUCCACAAGUCAGCAGCAAAUCGAGUUCCAAACAGACGUGUUAACGACGCUGAUGGAAAACCUAUUGAACACGGAGUUGUUUGGCUCCGAGUCCAAUAUAUCGAACGUUUGCUACUUGGCUGCUAGGUUAGUCGACAAACUUUGGCAGGGGCAACUUUCUAGGGAUCCACAUGAGGUGUUUGAUUUUAUAGUGAAGUUAAUAACGCAAGCCAAAAAGAAGUCUUCCGUCAUAUCACUGGAGGGGCUGCACCAUUGUUUGAACAGGACAAUACUGUUCUUGCUUUCGCGUCCUACCGACUCCAUUACGGAUCAGAUGUCCGUUUUAGACACAUUAAGGAACCUUACUAAUAACAGGUUAUUGAUAUUUGGCGCUGGAAACCAUGAGCUGGAGUUCAUCGGCUGCCUGACCUACUGCCUGCUGCAGCUGAGCGCCAACAUGAAGAUAGCCUUGGACUCGCAGAUGCGUACGACGUGGCACGUCAACCCUAGUGGAGAUCUCGAGUCUAGAGAUGACAAACUUAACACACAUCAAGGUUUCAACCUGAUAGCGGGAGCGGCACGCCGAGUGUGGGAGGAGCUAUACGCGUGCAAGAAGCCUGCCAUCGAAGAGGUGUUCAAGGUGACCUUGGUGCCCGCCGUCGGCAACGCGCGCGCGCCCGACCUGGCCGCGGUCCGGGAGCACCUCAACGAGAGCGCGCACAAGCUGUGGAUCAACUACAUCGACACCGAGCGGAAGGCUGUCUACCGAGUGCCUUGGGAGCUGCACAACCAGAUCCAGUCGAAGAUUCAGAAAGUGACAGGCGGACUGACUCGACUCGCAUCCCGCACUAAAGUCAAGAAAGAGGACUCCGGCAAGCUGCGACCACACCCGCCGCGCGACCACGCCCUUGCCUACUUGCAGGAUCAUGUCCAGCUCGUCAGACAAGCCUGGUGUCUACAACUACAAACAGCCGCAAACACAUGCAUGCACACAACGCGCUACGUGCAAGCGGAAUGGGCGGGCGCGUGGCGGGAACUGACGCGCGAACGCGGGCUCUGGGGCCCGCCGCGGGCGUCGCCGCUCGAGAAGUGGGCGCUAGACUCCACUGAGGGGCCGUGCCGGAUGAGGAAGAUGUUGCGGCGGAACCAUCUAUUCUAUCUGCACUACCCGUAUAGGCCUGAACUGGAUAAUCCCGAUAAUAAACAACUGAAAUACAAAGUCGCUCAGAGUUUAGAUAGUAAGGAAUACUACAGGGUGUACCAGCAAUGGCGGACAACCGGCAACAUUUUAGGCGAGACCGACGCCAUCGAGGCCGCCGAUCUACAAACAUAUGAAGAAGAAAUUACCAAUAACAGGGACCCGUCUCUGGACGAGACGAAUGAAAACGGGUCUCCGUCAGACCUGGUGAGCAGUGGCGUCGUAAGUCGCGGCACCAACCAGACGUCCGCAGAAGGCAACGAAGACGGCCCGGACAACGAGGAUGAGGACGAACAACAGUCGCCGCCGCCGGACAACCAGACGUUAUUGAGGCUGCUGGAACAUCAUGAGAAAAUUACUCACAUGUUCCGUUGCGCAAGAAUACAAGGUCUCGACACAGUGGAAGGGCUACUCUUAUUCGGCAGAGAGCAUUGCUACGUCAUAGACGGGUUCACUCUACUAAAGAACAGGGAAAUCCGAGACCUCGACAGCUGUCCUGAUGAUUAUGAGCCCAUAUUGCCUAGUCAAGGAAUACAGAGGAGCAACCAGAGACAAUGCAACAAAUUUCUAUAUGAGGACAUACGGGAAGUACACAAACGAAGAUAUCUACUACAACCAAUAGCAUUGGAAGUUUUCUCAAGUGACGGUCGAAAUUAUCUUCUCGCCUUUCCUAGGAAAGUACGGAAUAAGGUGUACAGCCGGUUCACGGCGCUGGCGACGGGCAUGGCGGACAGCGCGGCCGGCUCGGUGGCGGGGCAGAAGCGCGGCGUGGCCGUGGAGCAGCCCGCCAGCCUGCUCGCCACGCUCAUCGGCGACACCUCCGUCACGCAGCGGUGGCUGCGAGGUGAAAUAUCCAACUUCCAAUACCUGAUGCACCUGAACACCCUCGCGGGUCGGUCGUACAACGAUCUGAUGCAGUACCCGGUGUUCCCCUGGAUCCUCGCGGACUACGACUCGCCGGAGCUGGACCUCAACGACCCGGCCACCUUCCGCGAUCUCACCAAGCCUAUGGGCGCGCAGAGCACGGACAGGCUCGAGCAGUUUAGGAAGAGAUACAAGGAAUGGGACGACCCGCACGGCGAGACGCCGCCGUACCACUACGGCACGCACUACUCGUCGGCCAUGAUCGUGUGCUCGUACCUGCUGCGCAUGGAGCCCUUCACGCAACACUUCCUGCGGCUGCAGGGCGGCCACUUCGACCUCGCGGACAGAAUGUUCCAUUCGGUAAAGGAGGCUUGGAAUUCCGCAUCGCGCCACAACAUGGCUGACGUCAAAGAGCUCAUACCGGAGUUCUUCUAUUUGCCAGAGUUCUUGCUCAACUCCAACAACUUUGACCUGGGUUCGAAGCAGUCUGGCGUGGCGCUCGGCGACGUGGUGCUGCCGGCCUGGGCGCGCGGCUCCCCGCGCGAGUUCAUCCGGCUGCACCGCGCGGCGCUGGAGUCGGACUACGUGUCGCACCGGCUGCACCACUGGAUCGACCUCGUGUUCGGCCACAAGCAGCAGGGCCAGCCCGCCGUCGACGCCAACAACGUCUUCCACCACCUCUUCUAUGAGGGGAACGUCGACAUUUACAAUAUCGACGACCCUCUAAAGAAAACCGCCACGAUCGGCUUCAUAAACAAUUUCGGUCAAAUACCGAAGCAGCUCUUCAAGAAAGCUCACCCCAGUAAAAAGAUGUCGCAACGCAGCUCGACUAUAUUAGACCCGAACAAUAUCAUCCCGUCACAGGGGAUCACGCCGCCUGAGAAGUUGUUCUUCCAUAAUCUGGAGAAUUUGAGACCAUCUCUGCAACCUGUUAAAGAGGUGAAAGGCCCAGUAGGCCAAAUUCUGUACACCGACAAAGCCAUACUUGCAGUGGAGCAAAACAAAGUCCUAAUGCCGCCAUCGUACAACAAAUACGUGGCGUGGGGGUUCGCGGACCACUCGCUGCGCGUCGGCAACUACGACAACGACCGCGCCGUGUUCGUGUGCGAGACCGUGGCGCAGGCGUGCGGCGAGAUCGUGACCUGCGUCUGUCCGAGCGCCAAGACCAUCGUCACUGCGGGCACUAGCACGGUGGUAACCGUGUGGCAGUACUGGGCUCGGCGGCGCCGCUUGACAGUGAAAGUGUGCCUCUACGGGCACUCGGAAGCCGUGACGUGCCUGGCCGCGAGCCCCGCAUACAACCUCGUAGUCAGCGGAAGCCGCGAUGGCCAGGCUAUAGUGUGGGAUGCUGAGCGUGGUUCAUUUAUACGGCAACUUUCACCUACUAUGCCAUCUCCACCGCCUGUUUCUGCACUUGCUAUCGACGAUCUCACGGGUGACAUAGCAACGUGCAGCGGCAGCUAUCUCUACGCGUGGGACAUCAACGGCACGCCGCUCGGCUCCGUGGACACCGGCGGCGGGCCCAAGAGCUCGCAGCAGAUCCUGUGCUGCGCGUUCAGCGAGACGCGCGAGUGGGACCCGCUCAACGUCAUCAUCACCGGUUCCACCGACGGCGUGGUGCGGAUGUGGUCGAUUGACUACAUACCUGAAACCGUCGAAGACCAACCGCAAAGCACCGAAGCCAUCAGCUUAGAACAACCCACCAGUUCAAUCGAAGUGAAAGAGAUAGAACACCGUUUGUCCGUGCAAGAGAGUGAAGACGCUAAGUCGGAAGGUGAGACUACGUUCGACGAGACGAAUAGCGAAGACCAGCCGAGCAAAACUGAAGCGACCAUCAAGAGGGUUGAGGAGUUGGUUAAGCAGAUGAGCUUGUCGCAAGAUAAUGAUAACGGAGAACUAGUCAAAUCCCCAUCGGAGAGCUCCCUCUCUGACGCGUGCGAAACAACUAGUGCCAAAGAAUCCGCCCGGCGGCACGACGAAAAGGAUACCUGCAGCGACCAAGAGGCGCCGUACCGCGAGGAGCCCGUGGACUCGUGCGACGAGGCCAAGGACUACGACAACGACAAAGACACAGAGACGGAGAAGGAACACAGGAAACUGCAAAAGCAGGGCAACGUCGUCAUGCGCAGGAAGUCUAAGGGGAAUCCGCUGUUUAGGAAGAGUGGCGGCAGCAUAGGCGAUUCGGCAGAUUCUGGCUCUCUGGACAGCGCGCCAGGCCAGUCUACAGAGACGGAGGGCGGCCUGCGCACCAGCAAGUCGGACACCAGCCUCACGGACUCGUUCGUCGUCGUGUCGGCGCCCGCCUCGCCCGCGCCGGACCGCGCCAAGCCCAGGCUGGACCCGGAAAGCGAAACGGCUAUAAAAUGGCAGCGGCGACUGAUCCUCCGCGGCAAGCUGACGAUGCACACGGCGUACGAGCGGCGCGACAACGCGUGCCCCGCGUCCGUCACGGCCGUGGCCGCCGCGCGCUCCGGCCGCGGGCUGGCCGUCGGCGACGCGAGGGGACGGAUAUUCCGCUGGUCGGCGCCAGAUAUGUCCAGCGCGACGAAAGGCGGGCCGGCGGACCACUGGAUCCGCGACGACACCGCACCUUACUGCACUCAAUGUCAGGUGCGGUUCACGGCGCUGGAGAGGCGGCACCACUGCCGCGAGUGCGGCGCGGUGUUCUGCGGGCGCUGCUCGCGCUACGAGGCGCCCGUGCGGCGGCUGCGCGCGCUGCGGCCCGUGCGCGUGUGCCAGCGCUGCCACGACGCCAUACAGGCCAAGCAGUAGCAAGGUUACACAGACCACACAAUUUUUGUGGAAAACUUCGUGACUCAACAAGGAAUAUUCAGUAUUUUGUAAAAAUGUCUACCUAUUGAAAUAUUUGCUUGAUUUAUACAUGCACUGUGUAGAUAAGAUAACAGUGGUAUUUAAGGUUUUUGUGUGUAAAUGUUUUGGCAAAUAUUUAUUUAAACUCCCCGGCAAAGUUAUAACCGUGUAACCAGAUGAUUACUAAAUACUUAUAUUAUAACCUAUAUUCA